AUGCUCGAGCGAUUGGAAGAGCAGAGGCACUACGUGCGCGCGGGAGCGGAGCACAACGCGAACGUGAACGAGGUGGCGUACGGGGGGGCGUACGCGAGCGUGGGGAAGGAUUUCGCGUUCAGCGCGGAGCGGUUUCGAGAGACGUUCGCGCUGACGCUGACGACGAGCGACGAGGAGCGGUGCGUGUUCGAGCUCGAGGGGUGCUCGCCGGCGUUUGCGAACGCGUUUCGGAGGAUCAUACUCAGUGAGGUGCCGACGAUGGCGAUUGAGAAGGUGUUCGUGGUGAAUAAUACGAGCGUCGUCGCGGACGAGGUUUUCGCGCAUCGACUCGGUUUGGUGCCGAUUAAGGCGGAUCCGGCGAUGUUUGAGUAUCGAGGGGAGGGUGACGCGGCGAACGAGACGAAUACGAUCGUGCUGAAGAUGCACGUGCGGUGUCAUAAGGAACGGAAUCCCGACGGCACGCUCGGUGAGGUUGUGAAUCGGUCGGUGUACUCGAACGCGUUGACGUGGUGUCCGGAGGGGAGUCAGCUUCCGGAGGAGAACGGGGCAAAGUAUUCCGAUUUUAAGCGCUCACAGAAGGAAGUCGUCGGCGAUCAAGAGCUUGGAUGCGUGCACGACGAUAUUUUGCUCGUGAAACUCGCGCCCGGUCAAGAGGUGGAACUCGAAUGCCACUGCGUCAAGGGCAUCGGACAGGAGCACGCGAAGUGGUCGCCCGUGGGCACGUGUUGGUACAAGAUGGUGCCGGAGAUUACGAUUUUAGAGCCCAUCACGGGCGCGGACGCGGAUGAGUUCAUGAAAAAGUGUGCAAACUUUAGCGAGACGCACAAGUGUUACGCGUGCGAAGGAAAGGGUGAUAAAAAGACGGUCAAGGUGGUCGAGUCGCGCGGGUGCGACUUUUGCGUCGAGCGCGUGCGCGAGCUUACGGGUGAACCAGGGUGGGCGGAUAAGAUUGCCGUGCGCAAACGUAAGGACCACUUCAUUUUUACCAUCGAAACGAUCGGGCAGAUGGCGCCCGGCACGAUUUUCAAGGAGGCUGUGAAGAUCCUGGCGUCGAAGGCGCAAAACGUGUUGUCGACGCUGUGA